UGUCAUGAAGUUCAAGAAAGUUUUUGAACUUCGACUAUAGUCGAAUGCACUCUCAUAGAGUUUUUGAGAAAUGGUAAAGAUGAGCACCGCUAAUUUGACAGAGAGAGAAGGGACAGAUAUGUGCAGCAUUCGAACCUCGCCAAAAAUUAGGAAGCAAAGAGAGAUGCCUGCAUGAGCAAAGAAAUUAGAGAGAGAGAGAGGAACUGAGGACAUACGGAGAGAGAGGAACUGAGGACAUACAGAGAGAGAGAUGCAGGUGAGUGGAUAGGCUGCGAGAAAACUAGCAUGAGAUCACUCCACUGGUCUUCGGCCUUGCAGGAGCAGACUUCACCAUGGCUUCAUCGCCCUGUCGCCCCUCUCAUGGAGGAGGAAGAAGAGGCGGAUGGAGAGGUCAGGGCAGGUGGUUUUGCAAUAGCCCAAAAGAUAACUCCAUUGUUAGUGGAGAUUCACAUUUUAGGGCAGUGAGACUUACAAAUUACGGAUUCAGGCAUGGUGAAAGGGGAGGAGGAGGAUACCGAAAUGGAUACUAUUCUGGUGACCCAAGGCCCAAUUUUCGGCCAAUUUUCCGGCCAAGAGGCCCUUCUCCUCAGUCUGAUAAUUAUAGGCAUUGGGAGCAUGCGUUAUCUCAGCCCCCUUCUCACUGUGAGAAAUUUGUUGUGCUUUCAUUCAAUAUUCUUGCUGACUACCUCGCUAGGGAUCAUAGGCAUAAGCUCUACUUUCACAUACCUCCACAUAUCUUGGAUUGGGAGUGGCGAAAGAGAAGAAUACUUCUUGAGCUUGGACUAUGGUCUCCUGACAUCAUGUGUCUUCAGGAGGUGGACAAAUUUCAGGACCUAGCAGAGGAGCUACAGCUCAGGGGCUUUGCUGGUAUAUGGAAGGAACGAACUGGCCUUCCAAUCGAUGGUUGUGCAAUAUUUUGGCGUUUGACAAAAUUCAAUUUGCUGCAUGAAGAGUACAUUGAAUUCAAUAAGCUUUCCCUUCGAGACAAUGUUGCUCAGAUUUGUGUCUUGGAGUCAAGAAGCAGAGAUUGUGUUGAGGGGGGAAAUAGAGCUCCAUCUACCAGUUUAUCAAAACCAAAAGGAGCAAACAAAGUUGUGGUUUGUAACAUUCAUGUGCUUUACAAUCCAAAUAGAGGAGAUAUCAAACUUGGACAGGUUAGAGUGCUGCUGAAUCGCGCACAAGAGGUUUCAAACCUUUGGGAUGAUGCUCCGGUUAUUAUCUGUGGAGAUUUCAACUGCACCCCUAAGAGUCCACUGUACAAAUUCAUAUCUGAGCAGAAGUUAAGUUUAUCUGGACUGGCAAAGAAUCAGGUUUCGGGACAGUUUUCAGCUCGUCUCUAUGAUCCAAUGCCCAAUUUUAACCGUGGUUCUGCACCCAAUUUCAGCUCCAGGAGUCCAGCUCCCUUUCCUAAUUUUUCUCAGGGAUAUUCAGAGACUCCUGAAAUGGCGGUGAAUAUCAAGGUGGGGUUUCCCUUUGUAGAAUGUAAAAGUAGUCUGGAAAAUUCAUCUUUAAGAGACAACUCUCUUCCCCUCGAAAGGAUUGAUUCUUCUGUGCAAGGAAAAACUGGCAAAGAAGGCCUUGGGAAGCAAGAUCAUAAUGAGAAUCAAAAAAUGUCAGAUGCAUGUUCAGAGGGAAGAAGCGAAAAGGUUUUGUUUGAAGGACAUAAUGAAGAUAAUAGAGGUCAACCAGGUUCCUUUGAACGCUUUGAAGUAGCACCAAAUGACAAUGAGAAGACCAGCGGCAAUGCAUUUAUUGUGGGAACUGUAGAUAUUCAGGCGAAGUAUCCAACUUGUACAAAAGCAUCGUCUUGCGGAAACGAAUUGGACUCUCAUGCUCAUAUAAAUAUCUCAGAGGAUAUAUCAGUUGACUCAGAUCUCUCCUCUCAAAACCAUGAGCUGCCCCAGAGAAAUUCAUGUCCAUCAUUUGAAGUGAGGGGAAGUAUUGCACCAUCAACAGUGCUAAAAAAUGUUCAGAAAUGCGAUGAAAUACAAAAUCUGAAUGAUGGUCAAACUUCCUUUUCUAGAGAAGGUGACUGUCGAAUCUUUCUUGCCAAAGAAAACACGAAUCGCUCGUUAGAAUCAAAUAUUCUGAAGGAUGAUACCAGCCCUCCACCUUCUCAUCAAGUAACCUCAUUUGGGAAAUAUAUUUCAGAUGCAUGUACUUCAACUGAUGAUAUCGUGGACCAGGCAUCAAUCCAGCUGUCUGGUAGUAACAUUAAUAAACCUAUGAAUGAGUCUGUGAGUUCCAACAGUGAACUGGAAACCCCAUAUUCACAUGUGGAAGAGGAAGAAUUCCCAUUUGCAAAAUCUGUUUUCACAAAUGGACUUGACCAGGAUUCACCAGUAAUUUGUGAUCAAGAAAACCAGCAGCUUUUGUCAGAACCAGAUUCUUCUAUUACUGAGGGUGCCAGGAUUCAUGACUCGAGAGUUGAGGGGAACCUCUUUGAAUCGUUGUCCAAAGAGAUGGUACAAUCAGAAUCUGCAGAUGAGUUUAUUUUAGAGCUUUCAGGAUCAGAUUCUUUAUCCAUGAAAGGAGGAGCUUCCAAUUUCCAGGAGCUUAACACAGCAUCUUCUCUUCAAUCAAAUGUGGAUCUGGGGAGCGUACAAGUAUUGGAGGAUCCCUUUUCCAUAGAACCUGGGCCUGUGGAAUCAGACACAGUCCCUUACGAUCCAUUUUUGUGGACCUCAACAGAAAUAGAAGCAGCAACAGGAAACGCAGAAUGCACUCUUCUCGAACAUAACUUGAAGCUUAAAAGUGCAUACACAGAAGUUGAGGAUUAUUCUGGAACAAAAGACACAAGCAGGGAGCCUCAAGUUACUAGCUAUAAUAGGCGAUUCAUGGGAACAGUUGAUUAUAUUUGGUGCUCAGAAGGUCUCCAAACUGUCAAAGUUUUGGGUACUCUGCCAAAACAUGUUCUACAGCGGACUAGAGGUUUUCCAACUCAGAAAUGGGGUAGUGACCACCUUGCCUUGGCUUGUCAAUUGGCAUUUACAGAUGGCUUGUCCGGAAGGGAGGAUGCAUGACAACUUCCCUCAUUCUCCAUGAUAGUAUAAGAACCUCAAUGGAGGAGCAAUCCAUUGUUCUUUUGAAAUCUUCAAUGCUGGAGACAAAUUCACUAGUCCGAACCUUGAUACAUGGUUCUGUAUAUCCUCAUUUUUGGGUCGGUUAGCAGUGGAAUCCGUAGGAAGCAGGCCUGCAUUGCAAUUGUGAACAUGCUAACCAUCAAGCUUUCUAUUGGAAAGAAAAUAGAAUGAAUUCCUACGUGAUGCUGCACUCGCAAAUUGCAGGAUUUGAAUGCUUUUGUAAGGUUUUAUUGAAUCUGAAUCGGGUGUGGAGCAAUAGUUGCUAGGAUUUUGGCUCAUGCCCUUACAACACUUAGAAAUUCAGUGCUGUGAACUGUGAAACAUUGUAUAGUGAGCAGGUUUAACUAAUGCUUCAUAUUAUUUAUUAAAUUGUGUUUUACUAUAUACAAAAGGCCCAAAAAAUGCAGUAUUGAUGUGGCUCAAACAUGCAGUAUUGUUUUUGAUUUAUUAAAUUUAUCUGGGAUUAUUAAUGUAUACUGAGGCUUUGAGGCUUAGGUCUAAAA